GUCGCAGGUCGCCAAAAAUCAAAAUACAAUUUUUGUUUUUGUGAUUGUGAAAUAGAGUGAAUUUUCAUUUGUAUUUACUGGUCCAAAACUCCUCAAAAUGUCGGUACCACCUCAGGCAUUUGUGAACAAAAAUAAAAAGCACUUUCUUGGAAUACCAGCGCCGUUAGGUUAUGUGGCUGGUGUUGGUCGAGGUGCUACCGGUUUUACCACUCGUUCUGAUAUUGGUCCUGCGAGAGAUGCGAACGAUGUGUCUGAUGAUAGACAUGCUCCUCCAGCAGCCAAACGCAAGAAAACAGAAGAGGAAGAUGAUGACGAAGAUCUGAAUGAUUCUAAUUAUGAUGAGUUUUCUGGAUACAGUGGUUCUUUGUUUUCUAAGGAUCCAUAUGACAAAGAUGAUGCUGAAGCAGAUGCUAUUUAUGAAUCUAUUGACAAGAGAAUGGACGAAAAAAGAAAGGAGUACAGAGAGAAACGUCUUAAAGAAGACUUAGAAAGAUAUCGUCAAGAAAGGCCAAAGAUCCAGCAACAGUUUUCCGACUUGAAGCGGGAGUUGAAAAUGGUAUCGGAGGAUGAAUGGGCAGCAAUACCUGAAGUGGGUGAUGCUAGGAACAGGAAGCAACGUAAUCCCCGAGCAGAGAAGUUUACACCGCUGCCUGACAGUGUCUUAUCCAGGAAUCUGGGUGGGGAAUCAUCAUCUACGAUAGAUCCUAGUUCCGGUCUGGCAUCCAUGAUGCCUGGUGUUAUGACACCAGGAAUGUUGACACCCUCAGGUGACCUUGAUCUAAGGAAGAUUGGCCAAGCCAGAAACACACUUAUGACGGUCAAACUGUCACAGGUUUCUGACUCUGUAACGGGACAGACGGUAGUGGAUCCCAAAGGUUACUUGACCGACUUGCAGUCAAUGAUACCCACAUAUGGUGGUGAUAUCAAUGAUAUUAAGAAAGCCAGGCUGCUGUUGAAGUCUGUGAGAGAAACUAACCCCAACCACCCACCUGCCUGGAUUGCUAGUGCCAGAUUGGAGGAAGUCACAGGUAAAAUUCAAUCCGCACGUAACUUGAUCAUGAAGGGCUGCGAAGUCAAUCCCAGCAGCGAGGAACUUUGGUUGGAAGCGGCGAGACUGCAGCCCCCUGAUACAGCGAGAGCGGUGAUAGCGCAUGCGGCUAGAAACCUGCCUCAUAGUGUGCGGAUAUGGGUGAAGGCUGCUGAUUUGGAACAGGAGACUAAGGCUAAACGUCGCGUCUACCGCAAAGCUCUCGAACACAUACCCAACUCAGUCCGCUUGUGGAAAGCCGCUGUGGAGUUGGAGAACCCUGAGGAUGCCCGCAUAUUAUUAUCCAGAGCUGUCGAGUGUUGUCCCACCAGUGUGGAGCUAUGGCUGGCUCUGGCUAGGCUGGAGACGUAUGAAAACGCCAGAAAAGUACUAAAUAAGGCCCGAGAGAACAUACCCACGGAUAGACAGAUCUGGGUCACCGCUGCUAAACUGGAAGAGGCUCAUGGCAACACUCACAUGGUAGAGAAGAUCAUAGACCGUGCCAUCACUUCACUUAGCGCCAACGGUGUUGAGAUCAACCGCGAACACUGGUUCAAAGAGGCCAUGGAGGCUGAGAAAUCUGGAGCCGUGCAUACUUGCCAGGCGAUAAUCAGGUCUGUUAUCGGUCACGGUAUAGAACCGGAAGAUCAAAAACACACGUGGAUGGAGGAUGCUGAGGCUUGCGCAAACGACGGUGCUUACGAAUGCGCGCGAGCCGUCUACGGCUAUGCGCUCUCAGUUUUCCCGUCCAAGAAGUCCAUAUGGUUGAGAGCUGCUUAUUUGGAGAAGACUCACGGGACCCGAGCUAGCUUGGAGGCACUACUACAGAGGGCCGUGGCUCAUUGUCCGAAGAGCGAGGUGCUAUGGCUCAUGGGAGCUAAGUCUAAGUGGUUGGCUGGUGAUGUUCCCGCGGCCCGUGGUAUUCUCUCCCUGGCUUUCCAGGCCAAUCCCAACUCAGAAGAGAUCUGGUUGGCCGCCGUUAAACUUGAGAGCGAGAACAAAGAGUACGAUAGAGCGAGACGGCUGCUUGCUAAGGCGAGGGCUAGUGCGCCUACGCCGAGGGUGAUGAUUAAAUCUGCUAAACUGGAAUGGGCACUCAAUAAUCUGAGUGAAGCACUAAGUUUACUAGACGAAGCGAUCAAGGUGUUCAGCGAUUACCCCAAACUGUACAUGAUGAAGGGACAGAUUGAGGAGCAGAUGAACAAAGACGAGGAUGCACAUAACACUUAUACACAAGGGCUUAAGAAAUGUGCUACGUCAGUACCCAUGUGGAUACUGUUGUCGAGACUAGAAGAAAAGCUGAAACACAUAACCAAGGCAAGAUCCGUUCUGGAGAAAGCAAGGUUGCGGAAUCCCAAAGAUGCGGAAUUAUGGUUGGAGAGCGUCCGCCUUGAGCGUCGUAACGGCAGCGCGGAGAUCGCCAACGCGGUCAUGGCGAAGGCGUUACAAGAAUGUCCUACGGCUGGCAGGCUUUGGGCUGAAGCGAUAUUCAUGGAGCCACGACCGCAAAGGAAGACAAAGAGUGUUGACGCGCUAAAGAAAUGCGAGCACGACGCACACGUCCUAUUGGCCGUUUCACAGCUUUUCUGGACGGAGCGGAAACUGAACAAGUGCCGGGAGUGGUUCAACAGAACGGUUAAAAUAGACCCGGAUCUCGGCGACGCGUGGGGCUAUUUCUACAAGUUCGAGCUUCUCCACGGAACUGAAGCCCAACAGGAGGACGUUAAAGGCCGCUGCGUGGCCGCGGAGCCGCAUCACGGAGAGAACUGGUGUAAAGUGUCCAAGGACAUAAACCACUGGUGUGCAGCCACUGACCAGCUGUUGCGACUGGUGGCUAAGAGCCUACCGGUGCCCACUUAAAAAAUAGACCGUAGUGACAUAUUAAUAGAGUUUAUUUUACUUCAACUAUACCCAGAUAUAAGAACAAUGAGAACUGAUGUAAAGUAUCCAAGGAUAUAAACCACUGGUGCGCAGCCACUGACCAGCUGUUGCGACUGGUGGCUAAAAGCCUACCGGUGCCCACUUAAAAAUGGACCAUAGUGACAUAGUUAUACAGUCUCACUGACCUCCAUUAUACAAGUACGCAAGUACGCCAUUAUACAGUUGAUCAGCUGUUGCAACUGGUGGCUAAGAGACACAGGAGAUACAGUGGUGGGAAAGAGUGGUGGGCCAAAAAAAAAACUGGUGGCUAAGAGUCUACCGGUGCCCACUUAAAAAUGGACGUUAGUUGUCUAUUAAUAAGGUUUACUUUCCUUAAAUACUGCUGACGUCAGAACUAGCAACAACAUAAACCCAUACAUAUUCUAGGGAGAGAAAGAAUACAUUUUUAGCCAGCCAGCAUUAAUAAAAUUUUGUUUCAUGCAAAAUUAUACUUGGAUGUCAUUUACAUAGAGAAACAGCUGUUUCAAGUGCCACUUGACAACAUGGCGAUACUGAUUUUGGCCACAUGCCAAAACAGCCUUGCCGGUCUGCACAAAGCGACAAACCAAAGUUGUAUCAUUAGCUUUGUCCACACUGUGCCUUUUGCCGUUCGUCAAGGGCAUGCGU